AACAGAACAUGAAGAUCUUUAAACACAUUCUGGAUGACGUGUUUGCUGGCCUGCCUGAUCCCCCAGCAGUUCACCAGAUCCCGUCAGCCAGAACACGGGGCUUUGAUGUGGAACUGAUCCUCAAACAGAAAAGUGUGGAGAAAGGCCUUGUAGCCCAUGAACCCUGGAUAGAACGCUGUAAACAGCUGUACAACAUCUCCAAGGUCCAUCAUGGUGUGAUAGUGGCCGGACCCCCGGGCAGUGGUAAAAGCAGCUGUAUUCAGACUCUGGUGGACGCCCUCAGUCUCUCUAACCAGGCGGGGACCUCCAGGCAGUCCCAGGGCAGCAGGACCACAGGCAACAUACAGGAAAACCAGCACAAACUGAUCAAGAUCAACCCCAUGGUGGUGGACGACUGUCAGCUCAUGUUUGGAUACCCCAAUGUUAACAACGACUGGGUGGACGGAAUCUUCACCUCCGCCUGUAGAAAAGCCAACAGGAACCAAAGCACAACUUGGCUCUGUUUGGAUGGUCCCUUAAACCCAGGCUGGGCCGACAACUUCAACCCCAUUCUGAAUGGAGACAAGGUCCUGCAUCUGAAGAAUGGAGACAAGAUGUUCUUGUCAGAUAACAUCAUUGUGAUUUUUGAGACAGAUGACCUGAGUAGUGCCUCUCCAGCUUCUGUCUCACGAUCUGGUAUUGUGUACAUUGACAAAGAUAUCUUGGGAUGGAAACCAAUUGCAGAUGCUUGGCUGGAAAGUAGGACUCCUCAAGAAAUUCAUAAUGUUCCACAUCACAAAUUUACCAGGGUAAGAGCAAUUGGCAUUAUGAUGUCAUAUCUAUAUAAAGACCAGGGUAUCCUCUCUCUAUAUAUAGCUAUCAAUAUCUGUAACUCCCUUGGUUGAAGGACUUUUCCUACCAUAAAGAUAUUCUUAUCCAUGGGAUAGGUCUUUGUUGAGCCCCUAUAAUUAUGAAUUC